AUGGUGACUGUAGUUGAGGCCCUGGUCCAUAAACAGAACAUGAAUAUGUUCCUUAAGUUCUGCCUGUGGAAGAUGUUCUUCUUCUCUGCAUGGUCACCAACUGGACAUGCUGAGUACAGUAGCCUUCCAGAAGUAGUGAUACCCUUGAGGGUCGCUGUCACUAGCAGAAAUACUAUUUCCUCAGGUUGGCUGUCUUACAGCCUGCACGUUGGGGGACAGAGACACAUAAUCACUAUGAAACCCAAGAAAAACUUGAUAUCCAGAAACUUCAGACUAUUCACUUACACUCAGCAAGGUGAUCUCCUUGAAGAGCAACCUUUCGUGCAGACUGACUGCUACUACCAUGGCUAUGUGGAUGAAGACCCAGAGUCCCUGGUCAUUGUUAACACCUGUUUGGGGAGUUUGCAAGGCAUACUAGAGAUAAAUGGUACAACUUAUGAAAUCAUGCGCAAGAGCUCAACUUCCACAUUUGAACAUCUGGCUUACAAAGUGGACAGUGGGGAGUCAGAAUCCUCUCCCAUGAGAUGUGGGUUAUCUGAAGAGGAAAUAGAAAGACAAAUGAAGCUUCAAGAAAGCACCGCAACACUUUUGCAAAUCCCCUAUGAGAAUUGGUGGACCCACCACAGGCUCAUUGAAUAUUUUGUUGUAAUAGAUCAUAAUCGAUAUGUUCAUCGAAAUAGCAAUAAAACAACUUGUAUUCAAGAUAUGUUGCAAAUAGUCAAUGGAAUAAAUGCUUAUUAUCUUCAAAUAGAGACUGAUGUCGUUUUAACCAAACUUGAAUUGUGGAGUACAAAGAAUCUUGUCAAUGUAGAACAAGAGAUACAAAAGGUCCUAAGUGCAUUCUGCAAUUGGAAGAUAAAUAACAUUGGCAAUCGUGUUGCACAUGAUAUCAUACACCUUUUUGUUAAACGUGGUUAUGGUAUUUAUUUAGGGUUGGCUAAUAUAGCCGCCGUUUGUUCACUUCUUAAUUGUGCAGUUAACAGUUUUGUUUCUGACUCAUUGACAGACAUGUCAUUCAUUAUAGCCCAUGAGAUGGGUCACAACUUGGGCAUGAAGCAUGAUGUGAAUGGAUGCACAUGUGGGAGAAAAGACUGCAUAAUGGCCCCAUAUAAAUCCAAUUCCCCCAAAUUCAGCAACUGUAGUUAUGAAGAGAUGUUUUCGUGUGUUACCAAAAAAAGUUGUUUAUACAAUAUUCCAGUUCCCAUAAGAACAACAGACGUGAAGCUGACUGUGUGUGGAAAUGAGUUGGUUGAGGAAGGAGAGCAGUGCGAUUGUGGGGACACUGAAACCUGUUCAAAAGAUCCAUGUUGUAGCAAAGAUUGCAUACUCAACCGUGGUGCUCAAUGUGCCUUUGGACUUUGUUGCAAAGAUUGCCAGUUCCUUCCAACAGGCACUGUGUGUAGAGAAGAGAAAAAUGAGUGUGACCUUCCAGAGUGGUGCAAUGGAACUUCAGGUGAGUGUCCAGAAGAUGUGUAUAAAGAGGACGGAACCCCUUGUAGUGAUGAGAGUUAUUGCUAUAAAAUGGGAUGUCAUCAACAUGAUGGACAGUGUCGUGAGAUUUUUGGCGAUGGAAGUAGAAAUGCAGAUGAAAUUUGCUACAUGGAAGUGAACAGAGUGGGUGACCGUUUUGGUAACUGUGGUAAUGAUAGUUCUAAGUACAGAAGGUGCAGACUCGCUGAUGUACUCUGUGGGCGAAUUCAAUGUGAGAAUGUGAGAAAACUGCCCCAAAGGAGAAAUCAUGAAACACUGUAUUACACUUCUUUCGAUAAUAUCACCUGCUGGACUAUGGACUAUCAUUUUGGGAUAGCCACAGCUGACUUUGGAGCAGUGAGGGACGGUACAGCUUGUGCUCCAGACUAUUUAUGUAUUAACAGAAAGUGUGUCAGCACAUCUGUUCUGGUAAGUAACUGUUCACCACAGUUAUGCCAUAUGCAAGGUGUCUGCAACAAUAAACACCACUGCCAUUGUAAUAACACAUGGGAACCACCAGACUGUCUACUACGUGGCCACGGAGGUAGUAUAGACAGCGGACCACCUCCUGUGCCUUUACCUCCUUCCAAUUGGAGUAUGUACUUUGUAGUUUUUAUAGUAAUGUAUGUGCUUGGCUUAAUUGCUUUGUAUGGCAUACGUCAAUUAAAGAAACAAUCCCCAAAAUAA